AUGCCUCCUCUUGGGAACUGCGACCACCCGGGCUGGGGCCAGCGAGCGGGUGGAUGGCAGCGUGUCCCCAUGGGCAUCGCGCUCCUGCUCUUGCUGGCAGCGGCGGCAGCCGGGCUGAGCCUGCAAUCGGGCAGGAUGAGGCACCUGGGGGUCUGCCCCAACCAGCUGAACCCCAAUCUGUGGGUGGACGCACAGAGCACCUGCGAGCGGGAGUGCCAGACCGACCAGCCCAGCAGUGCCAAGGGUGCACAAGGCUGGGAGACGGACACCCGAAACCCCACGGUGGGGGUGGGGGGCAACACCCACAGCUGGUUCACCUCCGUGUCAUCGCCCCCCCCUCUCCAAUCUCCUCUCUCCAACCGCGGGCAGGACUGCGAAGACUUUGAGAAAUGCUGCACCAACGUGUGCGGGCUGCGGAGCUGCGUGGCCGCUCGCUUCGCCGACGGCAGCGCCCCGGCGCCGGCCCUGGCAGCGGCGGCAUCCUGCGAGAGCUUCGUGUGCGCGCAGCAGGGCUCCGACUGCGACAUCUGGGACGGGCAGCCCGUCUGCAAGUGCAAGGACCGCUGCGAGAAGGAGCCCAACUUCACCUGCGCCUCCGACGGCCUCACCUACUACAACAAGUGCUACAUGGACGCCGAGGCCUGCCUGCGCGGCACCCGCCUCACCACCGUGCCCUGCAAGCACAUCUUCACCUGGCCCGACACCAGCCCCGUGCCGCAGGAGACCACGGCUCAGCCCACGCCGGGGGCGGGCCCCGAGGUGCCGGUGCCCCCCGCCCUCUACAGCAACCCCUUCCACCAGUCGGUGCGCGCCGGCGGCACCGUCAGCUUCCGCUGCGACGUCAGCGGCCGUCCGCGGCCGGACAUCACCUGGGAGAAGCAGAGCGAGCGGGAGGAGAACUUCAUCAUGCGGCCCGACCAGAUGUACGGCAACGUGGUGGUCACCAACAUCGGGCAGCUGGUCAUCUACAACGCCCGCCACGAGGACGCCGGCAUCUACACCUGCACGGCCAGGAACGCCGCCGGGCUGCUGCGGGCCGACUUCCCGCUGUCGGUGGUCAAGCGGGAGUCCGGGGGAACCCUGCGGGCUGGCAGCAACCAGCCCUUCCCCAGCGCCGACUGCCUGAAGGAGCCCGACCGGCGGCGCUGCGAGGCGCUGGAGGUGCGCUGGCACUUCGAUGCCAAGCAAGCCGCCUGCCUCACCUUCCGCUACGGCGGCUGCGGGGCCAACAGGAACCACUUUGAGACCUACGAGGAGUGCCGGGCCGCCUGCCUAGGCAGCGCCCGCCCCACCUGCCUGCUGCCCAUGGUGCAGGGCCCCUGCCAGAACUGGGAGCCCCGCUGGGCGUACAACCACCUGCUGAAGCAGUGCCACUCCUUCGUCUACGGGGGCUGCGAGGGCAACACCAACAACUUCGAGAGCAAGGAGACCUGCGAGGACGUCUGCCCCUUCCCCAAGAGCCUGCAGUGCAAGGCGUGCCGCCUGAAGAGCAAAAUGGUGCUGAGCCUCUGCCGCAGCGACUUCGCCAUCGUGGGCCGGCUGAUGGAGAUCGUGGAGGACCAGGACACCGGCAUCGCCCGCUUCGCCCUGGAGGACGUCCUCAAGGAUGAGAAGAUGGGCCUCAAGUUCUUCAACAUCAAGUACCUGGAGGUGACCUUGACCGACAUGGACUGGAGCUGCCCGUGCCCCAACAUGACGGCGGAGGACGGGCCGCUCAUCAUCAUGGGCGAGGUGCACGACGGCAUGGCCACGCUGGACCCCAGCAGCUACGUCCGGGCAGCCAACGACAAGAGGGUGAAGAAGAUCUAUGAGCUGAUGGAGAAGAAAACCUGCGACCUCCUGAACCGCUUCCAGGACUAGGGGAGAGCUGGGACGUGCCGGGGGUGUGGGGAGGGAGGAGGGGCACAGACUCAUCGUGGGGUGGGGCAGUCCCCACACCAGCGCCUGUAUCUAGGAGAUAACCACUGUUGGGCAGCUCUCUCCAAGCCCAUGGUGAGCCGCAGCCCAGCUCCCACCUUCCCUGUAAUUUAUCUGCUGUGUGUCCCCCUCCUUGUACUCCUCACAGCCUGGCCAACAGCAAUAAAACUCUGGGCUGGGUUGUCGGGCAGUGGGAGGACCCUCACCCACAAAAGCCUUCCCACUACCCCAAAGCCUC